UUUAAAUGAUAAAAUAAUCAAUGAGAAUUAUUAAAAUAAUCUUUAUUAUCACAUUUUUUUUACAAUUUUCUUUAGAAGCAUCUAAUAACAACCCUACAAUAGAAAAAUCCGAAUUCGAAUAUGACGAAGAUCCAAACGUUUUAUUAAGACUUUAUCAAGCGGGAGAAUCGAAAGAUCCAGAUAUUAAUCUAGAUUUUGAGGAAGUUUUAAAUAAUCCCAAGCAAAGAAUUCGCGUUAGAGAAGGAGCACUCAACAAGGUAUCAAAAACUUUACGAAUACCAAAACCGUUGGAUGAAGAUUAUUAUUACGAAGAUGAACAACCGGAAGCAGAAAGUGAACACGAAGAGAAAAAGAGACCACUAUCUCGAUGGAUUACGAUAACUUUACCAACAAUUUUAGUUGCUGUGGUCGUUUUGGUUUUACUUUUCGUAUUAUUACGCCCAACUGGUUAUCUUUGCCGAAUCAUGUCCCGGCCGGUGCAAAGAGAAACCAAAUUUAAUUGGUUCAAAAAAUAAAAUUUGAAUUAAUACUUUGACAUUGUAUUUAGUGUCAUAUUGACGCGCAAAAAAUGGUGAAAUAAACACUUCAAAAAAAGGCAAAAAAGAAUAUUUUUAUUUCGACUACAAUGGGGGUAAUUAAAGCAAUUUCGAGCCAAAUUGAUAAACUUGUACCCGCUUCUUUACAACCUAUGUGGAAUCAUCCAGCAGGACCAAAAACAGUAUUUUUUUGGGCGCCAACGUUUAAAUGGGGAUUGGUUUUUGCUGGAUUGGCCGAUAUAAUUUCCCGAAAACCAGCUGAUAUUAGCAUACCUCAAACAAUAUCAUUAGCAGCAACCGGAUUAAUUUGGUCCCGAUAUUCCCUAGUUAUUAAUCCGGUUAAUUAUAACUUAUUUGCAGUAAACGUUUUUGUUGCGAUAACACAAAUAACUCAAAUGGCACGAGCAAUCAAAUAUCAUAUGGAUAAUCCACCACCAUCACAUUAAAACAAAAAAAAACAUUAAUAAAGACAGCGGGAUAUUUACAUGUUAACAGUAAAAAUGUCUUCUUUGGAGUAAACAUUAUUAUUAUUAUUAUAAAUAAAACAUCUACUUAAACUAAA